AUGUCAUCCAGGUAUAAGGAUAAAGAUACAGGGACUACGGUAGUCGCUUUAAAUGCGAAAUGGAUAUCGUGGGUUCAUACUGCUACCGCGUACGCUGCGUUCUUGAGCGCCCUAACCGUUGGGAUUUACCUUCAUUACCAUAAGAUUGUUAAAAACGAAUUCUAUGGCUAUCCUCAAGAAUGGUUCCCUUCUGUUUCUGCCACGAUAGGCGAUCGAUACCCCGAGCGAUCUUUCUUUAUGGUCUUUAUUGCUUUGACUUCAGGUCCUAGAUUUGCGCUCGUCGCUCUAUGGUAUUUCCUUACCGCGAAGCCCGGAAAGGUCCUCCCCAAGUUCAUCGCUGGGGUGGGUAUUUUCAGGACUCUUACAUGCGGCGGUUGGACCUACGUGACCUCGACCGACGACCAUGAUUGGCACGACAUAUUCAUGAUUUCCUAUCUAGUAGCCACUAUUCCGUGGACCUUCGGCUGUAUCGCCUUGAGUCCGCCGAAUCCAAAGGCUAUCAAAUAUCGAAAGUAUCUCGCAACGGCCUUCUUUGGCGCCAUCCCUCCGAUGAUCUACUUCUUUAUUCAGCACAAAGUUCAUCGAGUAGCAGGAGCUUAUACUACUUAUUCCUUUUUCGAGUGGUCUCUUAUCCUUUUUGAUGUCGCAUUUGACGCCGUCACUGCGCUCGACUUUGAUACUUUUGAAAUUGUCGUGAGGGACGUAAAAGGUUUAAGCAAGGGGGCCAAUGUAUCAUUUCAACCGACCGCCGUUCUCGAGGAGGAAAAGAGAAAGAUUACCGCUGGCAUCUUUGACACUCAAUUCUCUUGGUCUGAAAUAUUCGACACUGUUGCCGAGGUCUAUCAUGGCUUCGUCUUCUGGUCAAUGCUCACAAGCCUGGGCAUAGUCAUAUGGUACUUUCCACUUUGGCACAUGGGUAUAUCUGGUUAUGAAGCGUUCGUGAUGUCUACAAUUUCGCCUUUAUUUCUUGGUAUCAAAUCAUUCCGCUCGCUUGUUACUCAGAACCUACGCGCUUGUCAUCUCCUGUCACUCGCCGGGCUUCUCGCCUGGAAGGUCCACGACCCAGCCUAUAGGCUUUUCACAGUCGGUUUUGGCGUUGCGAUGUCCUGUUUAGCAUGGGCAGCCACUUUGUAUUCUGAAUCUGUCCACCCGGUCCGUCUUGAGUCGAGGGUAUUAGCUUGGAUUGUCGGCCUAAUAAUGUCUUCCGCUGUCAAGUAUGCAUGGCAAACUAACAACCCAAUUUGGCCGAUUAUGCACGCAGCCAACGGUGGUUAUAACGUGACUGGAUUAUUACUAGCGGUGUUCGCGACACUCAGAUUUACCCGCAGAGCGCCUCUUAAUACCGGCGUUGCUGAGGACGACAAGCAGAAUGGCUCAUCCCUCCUGGCUGCCCUGGGUAUUGGCGGUCUCUUCUUUGGUUUACAUUCAUUGCUAUCCGAUACCAGCACCAUGAUUCUGUGGGUAUGGGACGGCUAUCCAGUCCGAGGUCCCCUUUCCGGCCCCCAUGGUUGGUUUACGGUAGUCGCAAUGACGGCCGGAUUGCUGACUGGAAUUCGCCUACCGAGACUCGUUAGCAGUUGGUCAGUUUAUGGUAUUGGAUGUAUCGGAGCUGCCGUUCUCACUCUCUACCCUGGAUGGUUCGGAUAUUUCGGUGGUCUAACCAUCGCCUUUUAUUUAACAGCUAUUGCUCCUCCUUUAAUCAUCGCAGCUUCUAAGAAAAGCCCCGCCACUACUUUUGGUCUUGGAUUUUUCCUAUACAAUUUGAUGGUUCUAUUCCACGUCUGGGUAGUAGCUUACGCUUUCGUACCUGGAGGACCCCUUGUUCGCGAACAUACGGAUUGGAUUAUGGCCACCAUGAUGUUGCUCGUUGGCGCUGGCAUAUUCAAUCUCACAUCUAUUCACUCGCGGCAACACGAAACAUACACACCGCCAUCUCAAUCGCGACAUCGCAAGUAUCAUUCUCUUGCGUUAAGUGUUAUAAACCUUUUCUUCAUUGCUGCUGCAUUCCGCCGAUUUCCGACCAACGAUUAUAAACCUUAUCAUGAAGACUCGAGAAUUCUUACUGCUGGAAUCUGGACUAUCCACUUCUCUCUAGACAAUGACAUGUGGUCUUCUGAGUACCGCAUGCGCGACUUAAUUAAAGAACUUGAAAUCGAUGUUGUCGGUCUGCUAGAGUCGGACUUACAACGCAUUAUAAUGGGAAACAGGGAUACCACACAAUUUCUCGCCGAAGACUUGGGUAUGUAUGUUGACUAUGGUCCUGGCCCGAACAAGCACACUUGGGGCGCUGCACUCUUAUCAAAGUUUCCUAUUAUGAAUUCUACGCAUCAUCUACUUCCGUCGCCUGUAGGCGAACUGGCACCUGCUAUACAUGCGACCCUUGACGUCUACGGUGAGUUGGUGGACGUCUUUGUGUUCCAUUCUGGGCAGGAAGAGGAUCCGGAAGACCGUCGCCUGCAAAGCGAAUAUCUUUCCAAACUUAUGGGUUCUUCACCACGACCGGCAAUUUUGCUCUCCUACCUAGUGACCAAACCCCUCCAAGGCAACUAUAACACAUAUGUCUCCGAUAUUUCAGGAAUGCACGAUGUAGAUCCUCGCGAUUGGGAUCGUUGGUGCGAAUACAUAUUAUAUAAACGCCUGCAAAGAAUAGGCUACGCGAGAGUUUCUCGAAGUACAAUCACCGAUACCGAGUUGCAAGUUGCGAAGUUUUUCGUCCCUAAGAGCGAGGCUGAAAAGGCGCAGAUUGCAACUUUAGAAACAAAUUCAGAGAAAAGAAACCGCAGGGUUAAAGAGCACGAGGUCCCUGAAGGAUGGAGAUUCCCAGCCCUGUUUAGGGGCGAAGGUAUUAGAGGCCACCGGUAUCAUGUUUUCAACGAGCCAUUGUAUUACAAGCCGUCAUGA